AUGCUUGACAGCGUCAGGAACGUUAUCACUCUUUUGACAUCUGAUAACAACAAAAUGAAGAAUAAUCAUACUGAAAUCUCCGAUCAGUGCAACCCUGUAGUUACCAAUUUACCAUCAAAAGAAUCAUCAUCGGGAUCAACAUCAUCAUCAAUAACACAUGAUAGCAUUCUAUCUGUCAAGUCGUCCAAUAGUAUAAAAGAUCAAUAUAAAAUAUUAUCCUUGGAUCAUUUUCGAGACAUAUUUACUUUUAACGAAAAGAUAAUAACCCCCAAUGUUGCUUUACAUCAAACUUUUCAUCGUAUCUCUUCUCUUUGUCCAGUUGAUCAAUGGUUUACCAUCAAUCACCUUAAUCUCAGCCGACAAAAUUUGACAAAAUUAAAAAACCUUUCUACUAUACUACCUGGAUUGAAAAGUUUAGUAUUACUUACAGAGAUUGAUGGUCUUAUUAACUUGAUAAAUUUACAACAUUUGGAUAUUUGUAAUAACGCCAUUAGUUCAUUUAAAGGGAUCGAAUCACUUAUUCAUUUACGAAUCUUACAUGCAGAAAACAACAAAGUGACAUCCUGUAUUCCAUUUGGAUUUAUGCAUGGUCUCAUCACUUUAAACCUCCGCAGUAACCGCCUUCAAAGAUUAAAUUUCGGUGACUCGACUCGGCUAGAAAGUCUUGAAAAUUUGGAUGUUUCCUACAAUCGUAUUACUAUUUUGGAAUCUAUUGAAGCUCUUUCUCAUUUAAAAACUUUAAAUCUUGACCAUAAUGAAGUUCAAAGUCUCAACUUGACAAAGCCUAUGGAAUACCUCAAGGUUCUUCGAAUAUGUUUUAAUCGAAUUUCUACCUUUGAUGGAUCCUUCUUUCCCGACCUGCGUACUCUCUACUUGGAUGACAAUCAUAUAUCUUACUUCACUAACUUUAAUUGUAUUUCAAGAUUAUCCGAUGUAUCUAUUCGUGACCAAUGUGAUCAACCAAUGGACUGGCAUUUGCAACAGUUGCGUGGAACUCGAACGUUAUAUUUAUCAGGAAACCAUAUACAUCAUAUUGAUACCAUGGUAGAUUUUUUUGGUUUGGAAUAUCUGGAACUAUGUGAUGCUCAUAUGAAGAAACUACCUCGUGAUUUCGCUCAACAAUUGCCAAAUCUCUCUGUACUCAAUCUUAGUUAUAAUCAUUUGGAAUCUAUCAAACCUUUACGAAAACUUGGUUACUUACAGAGGCUAAUAUUAGUUGGCAAUCAAAUGGAAAACGUGAAUGAUCUUGUCAAGCAUCUUCAAUCAUUGGAGAAACUUCAGUUUUUGGAUCUCCGGGAAAAUCCUGUGUCAUGCAGAUAUUAUUCACCACUUAAUGGAAAAAACUCAAGUAGUAAUCAAACUUAUCGAUAUAUUAUUGAAGAUCAUAAUGAAGAAUGGAUCUUAAAGGAUAUGGAGCAUGUUCGCAGUCUCUCUCUACCUUGGCUACAACGACGUCUGACUUAUAGGGCAUUAUUUAUCAAGGCAUGUAUAAAACUGACAAGAAUGGAUGGUAUCCUUAUCACUGAUCAAGAUAGGACUCAAGUAGAUUAUAUCAUUUCUCAGCAUUAUCAACAACAUCACAGUAGUAUCUCAACAACAACAAAUCAUCAAUAA